CGCCUCAAGGAAGCUCAAACAAAGACGCCAUCGCAAGGUUCCGUUAUCAGUGCCCAACCCAAUUUGCCAAACAUCACCAGACAGCGAUACUAUAUCAACAGUUUUCGCAACGCCUUGAUUAGGAGCCUCGAGCUGAUACAGCUGAUCGAAUACCUUGCCACGAAGAGUACUGACGUCUUCGACUAACACGUUGGUGCAUUUGGCGGAUCGCCACGACCGACUGUAUCUUGCACCAUCAGCGACUGUUGAACCGUACCCACAAAUGCAGCCAAUGCUUGUUCACUACUGCAACUGUACUUACAACACAGCUGUUCCUUACAGCCCAUCUGUAUUCUCCCAGAACAUCGCCUGCUCACAUUGCGGCUCUAUAUCAACGGGUAUCAACGUCCGAUCAAAGGUCGAAGAAGAGGCAAACAUGCAGCAAGAUGAGCUCGCGCAGCUGUUCGCAGCUAACAUGCACCUGUCUCAGAAUUCUCAGCAGCAAGUAGAACAGCAGCAAGUGCAACAAGAGCAAGCACAGAAGCAGCAGCAAGAGCAGGAAGCACCCAAGGCGAUAGUGUAUGCUUCAAGCCACUACACUCACUCACACCAUGUGGUACCAACUCGCAGUGCUUCCGAGCCACCAGUUAGAACGCACAUUGAAAUGUCCGAGCUGGGGGCAAUUCUCUUACGCAACAGCAUCAACCCUGAGCUACUGUUCCCAUCCCAAGUCGAGCUUUUCCAAAACGCAGACGAUGAUCAGCGAUUACGGCUGCUCGAGCUUUGGCGCAUCUCACCACCACAGGGCCGGCAAGGAUACCCAGCAGGCACAGACUACAACAUGUCGAGGCAGUUGUAUGACUGGCCACCUACAAGCCUGGCCCAGGAAGAGACCAUGGCAAAGUUGCGUUACGAGAAGGCCCAGCAAGAGCAGCAAACCCGUGAGUUGAGCACAUCGCCACAGGUCGCCGAACCGUACAUGGCGUCAGGGUAUGACAUGCUCGCAAGGCGCGAGUACGAGCAAUCCGCGAAGGAGCCGAGCUACAACCAGGCAACAGAUCCUGUAUACAACAACACCGCCAGCAACGGACUGUGGCAGAAAAACGUUGACAGUAUCUCGGACAUGGAGAACAACUAUGGCGCCUUUGCUUACGCCCGGGAGUACGGCUUCCAGCAGCCAAUGUAUGCCGACGAGGAGAUGGUUAUAUGAUCGGAAGUAGAUUCGGUCUACAGGCAUUUGGUACGUUGAUUGUGGAAGCGACAUUUGUGGGUGUUGAGACAGCACACGUGCGUUUUC